AUGACUAGCCGUGUCACGACCGGUCGUGAGCUCGCCGACGGCGAGCGAAAACGAUUGUACAAGGCUCUUCGCGAACUCAAGGCCAACGGUGCAGUGCCGCGCGGCUCCAUGAAGGCUCUGUGUGCCGAGUACGGCGUGACCCAGCAAGCGACAAACCAAAAGAAGAAAACGCUCCCCAAACCUUCACCCCACCUCCACCAUUUCGACGCGUAA